CUAGGAUCUCUCAUCUCUGAAGUAUGUUAAAGCUACCAAGGAAGAAAUUAACAAAGUGGUCAAGUUUCAGGAAGAGCCGGAUAUUGAUGUUCUUGUUCACGGAGAACCUGAUGUAAGUCAGCGUUCUCUGCGUUCUAUGCAGAGGAAUGAUAACUUUACUGCAAAUUGAUGGGUUCAAUCUUACUGAUCUCGCUGCGCGAAGCCGCAUAUCAUCUAUGGUGAUGUUAGCCGUCCCAAACCAAUGAAUGUGUUGUGGUCCACCAUAGUUCAGAGCUUAACCAAGCGCCCAAUCACCAUUCUCAACUGGUCCUUUGUUCUAAAUGACGAGCCAAGCUCUGAAACCUGCUAUCAGAAGAUUCACACUCACAUGUGCUUACUCAAACUUCAAUGAUAUCAUCCACUCCAUGAUUGACAUGGAUUCUCAUGUGAUCACAAUUGAGAACUCGGGUUCCGAUGAGAAGCUUCUCUCGGUUUUCUGCGAGGGCGUGGAGUAUGGUGCAGGAGAUGGGUCAGGUGUGUAUGACAUCCACUCUUCCAGGAUACCCACCACAGAAGAGAUUGUGAAUAGAAUCAACAAAAUGGGCUCAACCUGGACUUUGGCCUUAAGACCCGCAGGUACACUGAGCCGUGAGAGACAAACCAUCGCUCCCAUCUCCAUUGAAGAAGCAGCUGCCAUAUCCAUAGAAGAAGCCGCUGCCAUCUCCAUCGAAGAAGCAAGUUGGACGUGUUGACCAUCUCUAGCCCUCCAGAAUGGAUGAAAGUCAAACAUCAAACAACCAUGUAUUAGGGCAAAGUGCUUUAAAUUCAAAGCGUGUCAAAAGGAGAAAUUCAUUAAAGUGGUGGCUGAAUGCUCAAACAUGGUUUAUGACAAUCAUAUUUUGGAUGUUUGUUUCAUUAUCCACAAGGCGAAGACGAACACGAGGUAUGCGAUAUAUAAUAGACAAUCAUUCCAAAAGGGAAGGAUAUUUUAAAAGAUUAGUGCAUGGACCUGAAGCAAAUUGCAUUUCCCAAUUAAGAAUGAGUCGUGCUGCUUUUUUCAAGUUGUGUGAUAUGUUGGUUACAAAAGGUGGGUUGAGACCAACACGACAUUUGAUAGUAGAAGAACAAGUAGCUAUAUUUCUACUUGUAUUAUCCCAUCAUCACAAAAAUAGAACCUUAAUAACUGACUUUCAAAGAUCCGGGAGAACAGUAAGCAAAUGUUUUUCUACUGUAAUACAUGCGGUGUUACAACUUCAUUCUACUUUGUAUGCUAAACCUCAACCAAUUACGAUGGAAUGCGAAGAUGAUCGAUGGAGAACAUUUCAGAAUUGUGUGGGUGCAUUGGAUGGAACUUAUAUUGAUGUCCAUGCAUCACUAAAUGAUCAUAAUCGUUUCCGUUCUCAAAAAGGAAGGAUUGCUACAAAUGUCCUUGGUGUGUGCAAUCCACAAAUGCAGUUCAUAUAUGUGUUUCCUGGAUGGGAGGGAUCAGCUGCAGAUGGUAGAGUUUUGCGAGAUGCCCUCACAAGAAGGUUCCGAGUUCCACAAGGUAUACACAUUUUUAUACUAAAAUUAAAUUUAUGAAGUAAAUUAAUAUAAAUAUUUAAAUGUAUGCACAAAAUAAAGGGUGUUAUUGAAUGUCCCAAUC